ACCCUAAAUUUCAUUUCAAAUUUCAAAUUGAGAGCCCCUUUUUUUCAUUUUCGUUCUCUCCCUCCCUCAAAGAUCUGGAUUUGGAUCUGUGGAUCCAAAAGGAAAAACAAUCAGAGAUCUUCAACAGCUUCAAACCCUCUACGAUCCCUCCACACACUCCUUCGAUCACACAUUCCUUGAGAAGAAACAAGAACUUUGUGAGUUUCGAACUCCUCUAUUCACAGGGCUGUAUUCAAUCAGCUAGGGUUUUCAUCUUUUACAAACAAGGGGAAGCUGCGGCCGUCAAUAUGGUUCUCAAGAUUGAGCUAUGCAGAUUCAGUGGCCAGAAGAUUUACCCUGGUAGGGGUAUUAGAUUCAUCAGAUCUGAUUCACAGGAAUAUAAUGGUGAAUCUGUUUUGGAUAUUUCAAUUUUAGUGCAAUAUUUGAAUGUGUAGAUUGAUUGUUGUGUUUAGGUGUUUUUGUUCUUGUAAUUGGUAAUUUUAGGAAAUUAUUAUGAUAUUAUGUUUUUCUAAUGAUUUUUUUACAGUUUGCGGUCACAGCAGCAAUCACACUGUGUGCACCAUGGGCACACUGUUUCAGUACAGUGAUUGAACUAAGGCGUCAUUUCUGAACAUACUAUAUCUGAUCAAGGGCUAAUUUUGUAACAUUUACUUAAUCAGAUUCUCCACAAGGAGAGCGGGGUGGUGUACCCAUGGAACUUGUUGGGUGGUGAUGCUGCUAAAUGAUUAAAACUCUUUGCUUCCCGUUCAGAAGUUAACAGUGACAAUCAUUCCAAAGAAAAGAGCACAUCUUCUCAGUCAACAAUGGAAGCAAUAAGCUUAGAUAUGAAGCAGCAAGAGUUGGAUGGCAGAUUGUGUUGAAUGAUGAUAAUACAGUGGGGAUGAAUAUGAUGGGGAUGGAUGGUGGAGGGGGGUUAGAUGGAGGAGACGAUGACGGUGGUGACGAUUUGGUGAUUGUUACGAGUGACGUUGAUAUGAAUAAUCAUUUGCUGAUGGAUGAGAUGCAAGAUUGGGGAGAAGAUGCUGGUCAGGGUGGUGAAGGAGAGAGGAAGGAUUUGUUGGGUGGUGAUGCUGGCAAAGGUGAGGGUGGAGGUGCGGUUGCGCAGAAGAUGGGAUACGGCGGUCAUGGGUAUAAUCCGUUUCAUUCUCAGUUCAAGGCCAGUGAUAAGUGUUGGUAUACAUUAUGUGAGACCUGGUGCUGCACCUAUGCUUGGAGCGAGUCCUGUAGCAACUGGUGGAGCCCUGGGUCAAGUUCGUCUACCUGGAAGUAUGUUAUCUUUUGCUGGUCGAGGUGGAGGUGAAUGGCAUCCAGCUGGCACAAAAAAACGUUCCUCCUAAUAUGUAGAAAAACUUUCAUCCGGGUUGGAACAACAAUGGAGUGGGUCGUGAAUUUGGCAGUGGACUAGAUUUCACCCUUCCAUCACACAAGUAAUGACCGUACAUCACUAUCAUAUCUUAUCUAGAUUGCUGAUGAUUAUCUGUAGGUGGUUAUUAAAGUGCGGAUGAUUCAUUUUUCUAUGCUUCUACAAUGGUUUUGAGUAGAAACCGUGGAGAUUACAAGGCAUUGAUAUAUCAGCUUUUUUUAACUUCGGUAUGAAUGAGGAAACCUGGAAGGAAUAUUGCAAACAACUGGAACAUCGCCUAGAGGCUACAAUGCAAAGUAAAAUUCACGUUUAUGAAAGCGGGAGGGCUGAACAGAAGUAUGAUCCUGAUCUCCCCCCAGAGCUAGCUGCAGCAGCAGGUCAUGAUAUCUCAUCUGAAAACCGUAACUUUGGAAAAGUUGAUGUGCAAAGUGACUUAGCUAAGGGGUCUGUACACUCUCCGAUGCAAUUGAUGACUAAGGAGUCAAUAUAUUACAAAACAACAUCUAACGUCUUUUGUAAGCCAAUCAUAGACGAAUAUAGAGACAUGAUGAUGGCGAGCACCAUUUGUAAUCUUGAGUACAUUCAACAAUAAAGGAAAACAGAUGGUUAUAUUAAUGUUAAGCUGAAAAGAUAAACCGUUUCAUCCCACAUCGUUGAAAAAUUUUAGUUGAGAAUUAGUGUUCAGGUCCCUCGUUUAUGCAUUUGGAUUAUUGAAAUGCAAGGCCUAAGUUGCUGCUAGCUGGAAGAAGACCGGGGUGUGGGUUAGUGUUCAGGUCCCUCAUUUAUGCAUUUGGAAAUUUGCGAUUGAUAAAUGCCCACUUUGCUAAUAUUGGAUGGAUAAUAAAGCCCACAAAGGUUCUCUAAUUCUCUGCAAAUAAAGUUUUGUUUGAUGUGGACUUUUUUUUGAUUAAAGUGUAGACUUUGUAAACAUGUAUAUGCAUUUUAAUCUAUGCAUGAAUCAUACGUGUUUAUGCUAUUAUACGAGUUUACCGA